UUCGGUCACACUAAUUUUCAGAACAUUUUAAUACUGGCAUGUAAAUAAAAUAAUCAAUUGACGAAACCCUAAAAUAAAAUGUGAAUUAUUAAAGAAGCUAUUGUAACAAUUGGAGAAAAAAACUUCGCUACAACUAUGGACACUUCGUUCCUGUUAUUUGUGAAUUCGAGUCGUCGAGCAAAAGCGCGUUUACUUGUGUAAAAUUGUGGAGGCGAACAAAGAGUUACCAAACAUUGUUUUACCUUGAAUAACAUUUUCACCAGGACAGCAAUGAAAAUCCAAUCCAAACAUAAAUGUGUUGUAAACUGAUUUAAACUGGGCAAACGGUAUGCCUUUUCAUUAAACAUUGUACACAAUUGGAUCUUGAAGACUGAAAUGCAUUAGUACAGAUAAAUCAGUCCGGUGUUAUCAUGUUCACAAGAAAAUGCUUAUUGGUUAGAGGCUCCAGGGGAUCGAGAUCCCAAGAGCUGAAUUUGUAGAAUUCAAAAAGGAAUAUUGCACAAAAAGAACCUGGUUGUUAAUAACGCGCUGCUUCAAACAGUUCAAUUGACAGGCAAUAUAAACUUAAGCAUGAAAGUCAAAGAUACGAUCCUGUGUGCAUGCCCUGCAUAAAAACAUUUAGCAAAGAGUUCACAUUCAGCUUAGUAAUUGGCUGCUGCUGCCAGAAGACUCAAAAUGGGAGCCAACACGUCGAGCAGCAGCUAUCCCGCGGCGGCCUCAACCGGAAGCUCAGCUAAUAAUAAUUCCGGCAACUCCAAUGGCAAUCUGUCGGUGAUGAACAACAUGGCCGAUAUAUCCACAGCCGGUGCCUACGGAACUAGUUGUGGCCCGAGCGGAACUCCCGGGAUCGUCGUCAGUGGAGCACACUACCAUCGGGACCAGAGGAGGAAGCGUGCCACCGGCUUUGCCACACUCAAGCGAAAGUUUAUACGGCGACGGCGCUCCUCGAAAGCCUGUGAUCACGCUCGUGUGCUGCGAGACUUUGUAUCCGAUUGGGCACCUGUGGAACUGGCGGCUCUCUGCGAGGAAUUCGAGGCACUGUCGGCUCUGAGGGAUUUGUCGGUGCAAGCUGAACUCGCACGUCCGCCAGCAGCAACGUUCAAACAAGAUCUGGCUGCCAUUUACGAAAAGAAUCUGUGCACCGAUUGUGAUUUGGUAUUUCGCGGAACGAUAUUCUCAGUCCAUCGUGCAAUAUUAUCGGCACGUUGUGUAUAUUUUCGGGACCUGCUGGCCGGAUGUCCUGGUUUCGGAGCGCGUAUUUGUCUCGAAUUGCCCAGUUCGCCGAUCGAUGUACAACUGUUCUCGUCACUAUUGCGCUACCUAUACACUGGUGAUCUAUGUCCCCAUGAUCCGAAUAUCGAUACAAAUCUGUUGCGGCAGUUGGGCAAGGAUUUCGGCACACCGAAUCCGCUGGAGCACGAUCUGCGCUACUUGCUGGAGACCGGUGAUUAUGCUGACGCAGCACUCGUUUUCACCGCCGACGGCACCAACGAUUAUCUCAGACAAGACUCGGGAACCUCGGAGUACGGCUUCCGGCCGAAAAUAGAACUCCCUUGCCAUAAAGCGAUACUAAGCGCGCGUUCGCCGUUCUUUCGCAAUUUGAUUGCGCGACGCACACGCAAUGUGGACGAGUACGUGGAGCGUUCACUUCACGUGCCCACACGCAUCGUACUGGACGAAUCGGUUAUACCAAAAAGAUAUGCGCGGGUAUUGCUGCAGGCCAUCUACCUUGACUCGGUGGACUUGUCGCUGAUUUUACGCGGCGUUGGCUCGGGCACAUCGGCUGGAUCGCUGGGCGAGGUGCAUGCUCUAACCAACACGGGACGGGUGCGACCAUCGACUCUCGAGGAGGCAAUGGAGUUGUACCAGAUCGGGCGAUUCCUGGAGUUGGACAUUCUGGCUCAGGGCUGUGAGGACUUGAUUCUCGAAUGGCUGUCGAUCGAAACGCUGCCCACUGUGCUGCAAUGGGGCUGCCAGCCGUACGGAUCCGCCUGGGUCUUUCGCCAGGCCUGUCAGUAUUUGCGCGAGGAGUUCGCCGCCGUUAGCUCCUCGCCGGUGUUGCAUCAGCUGGACAAGUCACAGCUCAUCCAUAUUCUGCACAGCAACUUCUUGCAGGCCUCCGAACUGGAGGUGCUGCAGGCGGUACUCAAGUGGGGCGAAAUGGAGCUCAUUCGUCGCAUGGAGGUUCGUGAGCCGAACCUGUUGUCGCACACCGCCCACUCGGUGGCGCGCAAGGGUGUCAAGAAACGCGACCUGAGCGAUAUCGAGUUGCGCGAAAUACUGUCGGAACUGCUGCCGCUGGUGCGCAUGGAUCACGUACUGCCGCCCCACUGCGAGGUCCUCUGCCAGGCGAUUCGACGCGGCCUCGUCAGCACACCGCCGUCGCACAUGAUCGGCGAUGAUCGGGAGAAUCUGCGCGUGAAUGCCUGGAUUCGCGGCGGCAAAAACCAGGGCCUCUACGUUAGACCGCGCCUGUUUAUGCCCUAUUUCGAAGAGGCUAAGGCGCUGCUCGAGGAUCGUAUGUCCUCGUCGCACCAUCAGGUUGAACUAAUGCGCAUGCGAAGGUGUCGACAUCCACCGGAUAUUCCCGACACACUCUACAUGGUCUCGCACAUGAACUCAAAGGCGAACAGUGAUCUUAGCACCGUAGAAAAUCGUAGUACUGACGGAAAUGUUGAUAUAUUAGUAGGCGCCGCUGUAAUUCCACCACCGGACAACCAAACCUUGCUGGCGAUGCGCAAGCGGGAGCACAAGUUGCGCCAGUCGCCAAUGUGCCAGCGGGCACUGCUGUUGCCGCUCUCCUCGAAGAACGAGAUCGAUCGCCAGAUCCGAUUGCGGGUCGUGCGGGAGUUCAAUCUGCCGGAUGAGGUCUCCGACCUGCUGGAGAUCGCCCUGCAAACCAAUCCGGGCCGGAAUGAGAGCCAUGUCGAGGAGACGGGCGCAUCGAGCGUGCCGAAAGACGAAUCCCUGCUGGAGGACGAGGAUCAAAGUCCGCCGCCAUCGCCGGCGGCAACAUGCUCAGUGUCGCGACACACCACCGUGGCAUCGGCGUUUCUGUCGCCCAUGGGCUCAUCGGUGGCCUCGUCGUGCGGCACCGAUGCGGCGCAUCCCUGCUACAGUCGAAAUCUCACCUUCCCACGCCACCACUCGAACGGCCUGAUCGGCGUGGCCAGUGCGUUCGGAUCCAGUUCGGGUGGUGGUGGCGGCGGCGUUGGCGGUGGCGGUGGUGGCCCGCCACUCCAGUGCAGCUACUCGCGACUGUCGUCGUCGGUGCAUCAACGCAACGACCUGCCCGCCCUCAUCACCGAGGGCGACUUUCGGUUCCCCCAUGGCAACGGUCUCGGCCUGGACAUGGGCGCUGAGGGCGGUGCCUGUGGCCUCGACGCGGCCAACAGCCAUCUGUCCGAGAUGAUGCCCGAUGUGGCCAUGGCCACCGCCUCGCUGGGGCAGCUGCACUUGACAAAUAACGGCGGACCCGGCUGCGCUGGCAAUAUCGGCGGACGAGCGGUGAGCAGCAAUAAUGACAUGUCCGAGAGCUUGCAAUUAGAUUUAGGCGAUGGCCCAAGCCCUCACAUUAUUGGAAGUGCUGUCGGUUCAAUGACUCUACGAAAUAUACAGCACCAACUGCCAACAAACAACUAUCACCACUUCAUGCAGCGUUCGAAUUCGCCAUUUGAAAUCCUGCGGCAAGGACAACCAUCGCCAACAUCACAUCCACAACAUUCCGGGACAUACAAUUCUGGACCACCAAGGUUUUUAUAGAGAUUUCGAGUGGCCCCCGAUCAUGGGCAUUAUUUUAGCAUGCCUUUCUAAAUAAACAAAAUCCGAUACAAUUAAAAACUAAAAAUCUAGAUAAAUAAAACAAACUACUAAAUAAAUGUCAAAAUGAUACCCCUU